CUCUCUCCCACACUACACACCAAUAGCCUAAUCGAACCAUUUCCCCCAUGGGGCCGAGAUCCCCGCUCCUCCUCCUCCUCGCCUUCCCCCUCCUACCCUUCCUCCUGCUCGCCGCCGCCGCCGCCGUCCAGACCGCGGCGGCCGCGUUCGCCUCGCCCGGCGCAGGUAGCAUCGUGAAGCAGCUGUCGUCGGUGGUCAAAUGGCCGCGGGGCGCCCCGCCGCACGCGCCCAAGCAGCCCACGCACUCCCAGUACGGCGAUGGGCAUGUGGGUGUGGCGCUGCAAUUUGAGAGUGGCUACUUUGUGGAGACACUUGUUGAGGGUGACAAGCUUGGUGUCACGCCCUACACCAUCAGGGUGUCUCCUGCUGAGGGCGGAGAGCUCCUAGCAGUAGACUCGGCACAUAGCAACAUUGUGCGAAUAACUCCACCGCUGUCAGAGUAUAGCAGGGGAAGACUUGUUGCUGGUUCUUUCCAGGGCCAUGCCGGUCAUAUAGAUGGUAAACCGAGUGAUGCCCGAUUCAAGCGCCCCACAGGCGUUGCUGUGGAUGAUAUGGGAAAUGUCUAUGUUGCUGAUACAGCAAACUUGGCAAUUCGAAAGAUUGGGGAAUCAGGAGUGACCACCAUUGCGGGUGGAAAAUCAAAUAUCCCAGGGUAUAGGGAUGGCCCCAGUGAAGAUGCAAAGUUCUCUACUGAUUUUGAUGUGGUGUAUGUGAAGAAAAUGUGCUCUCUUCUGGUUAUUGACCGUGGCAAUGCCGCCCUUAGGAAGAUUUCCCUUCCACCUGAAGACUGCACUUACCAGGAUUCUGCACUCUUAUCUUCAGAUAUCAUAUUGGUCAUUGGUGCUGUUGUGGCUGGAUAUCUCUUUUCUGUGUUGCAACAUGGGUUUGGAUCUUCAAGUUCUGAAAAGAUAGAGGCACCUGAAAAUGAGCAACAGGAGAGCAGCACUGUUGGAAAGCCACCUUUGGUCGUGGAGAGCCUGAAAGAGGAACCCGGAGCGGGAUGGCCAUCCUUUGGGACACUUGUUGCUGACCUCUUGAAACUUGCCAUUGAAGGAGUGGGGAAACUACUUCUCAACGUCGUCCCACAACGGCUGCAACAUAGGAAGAGAAAAACAGACCUCACUCCGCACAAGGACAGGCUCGUGAUGCCUGAGGACAGAGAGGCGACCCCGGUGGCCCAGAAGUUGAGUAGCAUGCCAAUGAGGCCCGAGACACUCCAGGCUCCUAAUGCUGUAAACGAGACGGCACCAAAGGCCCAGAAGAGCAUCAAGUCAUCCAAACUCAGGGACUCUACCCUGUCAAGCAAGCACAGGUCCUCCAAGAGGCAGGAAUACGCGGAGUUCUAUGGCACGUCCGAAUCCGCUCCUGUAAGCGCCAAGGUCCCAAAGGAUCGUCUCCGCCACCGCCACCGGGAGAAGAGCGGGGAGGUUGCCUAUGGGACCGGUCAUCCCGAACUGAAGCCCGCUGAGGGGAAGCCCGCGGAUUACAGUGAUCCCAAGUACGAUCACUACGUCAGGAGCAAAUAUGGUGCUGAUACCGGGUACAGGUACUGAUCCGGCGAUGCCAGCUGCUUGUCAUCCUGCCCACGGCAUCUUUCGCCGGCAUCUACCCGCAAUGCAGUAGUAUGAACCUCCAAAGUGCAAGAGCACAAAGCUGCUGCUUAUGGUGGGUCUCCCAUAAGAUGCGGCAAGAAGUCAUCCUAGUUCGGUGGGGUUGGGGGGAACCUACUGUCGAUUAGCGUCCUCUGUCAGGAAGUCAGGUGUAAUUUUCGCAGAAAGCAACAUGUAGCCUGGUAGUUUUGAUGUGGUGUUAUAUGUAUCCAUCCAUGUCAAAUCUCAGGUGCUGUA